AGUAGCAGUGUUAGGAACGUCACCAAUUGACUUAAGUCAAAUUUUGACUUAAGUCAUGACUUAAGUCAAAUUUUGACGUAUACGUCGACUGCGACUGAAAUAAAAUUUAUGCGUGACUUUUACGAUGACGUUUGACGUGAAAAAAAUUUGUAAUCUUAAAAAAAGUCAAAAUAAAAACGUCAUCUGGCAAUGUUGACGAACAAUGCCGAGGAUCGGAAGAUUUUUUCGUCUGUAAUUUUCGUAAAACAUAUCAGUUGUCAUCAAAAGUCAUGACAAUGGCGUCUACUACUAUAGAGAAAGAUUCGUGGACUGAAUCUGGUGUCUUUAGUUUUUUUAAUUUCACUCAAGCCGUUAUUAAGUGUUUUACUAUUGACACAUCUCUUACUCGUCUUGAACAAAAGGAGAAGAAAGCUUUAUUGGGAACUGAAUUCGUAGCCGGCAAGUGCAAAACGUGUGGCUGGGAGUCAAAGGUGCAUUUUGGAAAUCCCUCUAAUUGGGUUCGCCAUCUUAAGCUUCAACAUGGUGUAGCUUUCGAUGCUUAUAAAGAGGCUAUGGCAAACAAAAAAAAAGACAGAAAGAGACGUCGGUCAGCUGAUUCCUCUUACUUGCCGACUAAUAAAAAGGCCAGACAGCCACAAGAAACAAUUGAUGUAGCACUUGAUCUAAACACAAUCUCUAGGAAAAAAGAAAAGAUAGAAAAGGCUAAACAUUUAGAACAAGAACAUCAACUUCGUGUAGACAUGCGUAUUUUUCAAUAUGUUGUUGGUAGUUGUCUACCUUUGAGUACAGUUGAGAACAUUCUUUUUCGAAACGUCUGCACUGAAAUUAAUCCCAAAGUGAAUGUGGUGUGUACUAAAACGUUGAAGAAAACUAUUUUGCAACAAUAUUUAAACUAUAAAGCUAGUUUGAGGAAGAGGUUCAGCAAUGCAGUGGAUGUUUGUUUAACGGCUGAUGCGUGGGGAUCGAAAAGACGAAGUUUCUUGGGCGUAACAGCACAUUGGCUUGAAAGUAAAGGAGAAACGGGCGAGAUGACAAGGUGUUCUGCUGCUCUUGCUUGUAAAAGAUUUCUAGGAUCGCAUACAUACGAAAAAAUUGCGGCUUUGCUCAACAACAUUAUGGACGAUUUCAGUCUUCAUGGGAAGGUUAACUAUGUAGUGACCGACAAUGGAUCCAAUUUUGUUAAGGCCUUCACUGAAUUUUCCGUUGAGAAUCAAUUGACUCAUGAUGAUGUGGAUGACGAUCCUGAAUUUAUUGAAGGGUUGGCUGCUUUGGCUGACUUGCAUGACGAAGAAGAACUCGAAGAGUUAAGAGAAGCAGCAUCUUUUAACACUGAAACUUAUCGUAUCCUGAAAGAUGCUGGUUUUUCUACCAUCAUUCUUCCAAAACAUAUAAGGUGUGCCUCUCAUACACUCAACCUCAUUGCUACUGUCGAUACCGAUCUUUCCAAGUUCGACCUCAAAUCGUUCCCUAAAAAGAAUGCACUUCGACAGGCGCUAUCUAAGAUUCAGGGACUUUGGAAUAAGAUUGGACGGUCUGUUUCUGCUUCUGAGGAGGCUUUUGAAGUUUUUGGUAUUGCUCUUCCAACUCCGUGCCCAACUAGAUGGAACAGUCUCUUUGAUAGUCUUGUUGCCUUCCUUAAAAACUUCAAAAGUCUGGAGAUAGUCAACAAAUUGUUCUCCUCUCUGACUCUUCCUUUAUUAACCAAAGAAGAUAUCGAACUAUUGACCGAGUAUAUGGAGGUUAUGAAGCCACUCGCAGUGGUUCUCGACAUUUUACAAGGGGACAAAGGGGUAUUUCUUGGAAUCGGUCUUGUUUUGCCUCUUAUUACAAGACUGAAGGAUCUAAUGAAUCAACGAGUCUACUUACAUCUUGGGCCAAUACGUGACCGAGUCUUAGAGAAAGUGGAUAAAAGAUUUGGUAAACUCUUUGAGGAUCCUUGGUAUUUGAUGGCAGCACUUACUCAUCCGUGCUUUAAGGCACAUUGGAUAAAAGACAGAAGGAGCCAAGAAGAAGCCAAAAUAAAACUCAGGCAGCUGAUCCAGGACUCUACGUGUUCACCAGUUUUGGAAAAAAGCAAAACAUCCUUAGCCGAAGAGUUUUUGCUGUUUGAUGAAAUUCAACCUUCAGGCAGACCGGAUGACGAGGUAGACCGAUUUUUAAAAGAUCGCGACACCUCUAUAGGAAUGCUUGAUAAUUAUCCACAGAUUAAAUCUUUGUUUGUAAAAUAUAAUACUGUCAUUCCAACUAGCGCUCCAGUAGAGCGUCUUUUUAGCUUAGCAGCAUUAAUUUUAACAAUAAGAAGAAAUAAGUUGUCCGAUUCAAUGUUGGAAAUGUUAAUAUUUCUAAAAAUUGCUUUAAACUUGUAAAAACCACCUGUCAAAUAGCGUAAAAAUACAUGACUUAUUUUGUGACUUAA